CCUCUUCCCAAAAAAAAUUCCACCAUUUUCUCUCUUCUUUUUCCUAUCCAAUUUCAGCUCCAAUAUGGCGAAACAAAGGGAGAAAUAUGGAUUGCCGUAUGUGCCUCAGUUUGGAGCUUGGGAUCAUAAAACUGGGGACAAUCUUAAUUUUUCCAUGGUAUUUUCCCAAGCUCGUGCAAACAAGAAGCAGAAUAGACAUAAUCUAGCACAACACAACCUGGGAAAUGAGCAAGAGAUUCUUGCCAAGCUCCAAGAAGUUUCACCCAGAGAAGAUAGCUCGACGCCAGUGCCUCAAUUUGGAGAAAGGAAUCAAAAGACUGAGGGAAAUCCUGAUUAUUCCAAGGUGUCCCCCAAAGCUCAUGCCAACAAGAAGUCACAUAGACAUGAUCUAACACACCGAAGACUCGGAAGUAGAGAAGAAACUAG